UGUGGCGGUGACGUCACGGGGCGGGGCGGAGGCUGGAGCGAGUAGGUAGGCGCAGCGACCGGUGGUGGCGCUCACUCCCGGCUUCCAGCCGCCUUGAGCCUCUGCCUUGGAGAUUCUCAGUGCCACGGAUCAUGUCCCUAAGGGGCAGCCUCUCGCGUCUCCUCCAGAAGCGAGUGCAUUCUAUCCUGAAGAAAUCCGUCCACUCUGUGGCUGUGAUAGGAGCCCCGUUUUCACAAGGGCAGAAAAGAAAAGGAGUGGAGCAUGGUCCCGCUGCCAUAAGAGAAGCUGGCUUGAUGAAAAGGCUCUCCAGUUUGGGCUGCCACCUAAAAGACUUUGGAGAUUUGAGUUUUACUCCAGUACCCAAAGAUGAUCUCUACAACAACCUGAUAGUGAAUCCGCGCUCAGUGGGUCUUGCCAACCAGGAACUGGCUGAGGUGGUUAGCAGAGCUGUGUCAGAUGGCUAUAGCUGUGUCACACUGGGAGGAGACCACAGCCUGGCAAUUGGUACCAUUAGCGGCCAUGCCCGACACUGCCCAGACCUUUGCGUUGUCUGGGUUGAUGCCCAUGCUGACAUCAACACACCCCUUACCACUUCAUCAGGAAAUCUCCAUGGACAGCCAGUUUCAUUUCUCCUCAGAGAACUACAGGACAAGGUACCACAACUACCAGGAUUUUCCUGGAUCAAACCUUGUAUCUCUUCCCCAAGUAUUGUGUAUAUUGGUCUAAGAGACGUGGACCCUCCUGAACAUUUUAUUUUAAAGAACUAUGAUAUCCAGUAUUUUUCCAUGAGAGAUAUUGAUCGACUUGGUAUCCAGAAGGUCAUGGAACAAACAUUUGAUCUGCUGAUUGGCAAGAGACAAAGACCAAUCCAUCUGAGUUUUGAUAUUGAUGCAUUUGACCCUACACUAGCUCCAGCCACAGGAACUCCUGUUGUAGGGGGACUAACCUAUCGAGAAGGCAUGUAUAUUGCUGAGGAAAUACACAAUACAGGGUUGCUGUCGGCACUGGAUCUUGUUGAAGUCAAUCCUCAGUUGGCCACCUCAGAGGAAGAGGCGAAGACUACAGCUAACCUGGCAGUGGAUGUGAUUGCUUCAAGUUUUGGUCAGACAAGAGAAGGAGGGCAUAUUGUCUAUGGCCAACUUCCUACUCCCAGUUCACCAGAUGAAUCAGAAAAUCAAGCACGUGUGAGAAUUUAGGAUAUACUAUGCACUAACAUGUUUCACAACGGGCAUUCCAGAAUUAUGAGGCAUUGAGGGGACAGACAGAUACAAAAUGGUUGUCUGGGUCAAUACUGCCUUAAUUAGCCAGGUGUCUAAUGUGUAAGAACAUUUACACAUUCUCACAAUUGUAAAGUUUCCCCUCUAUUUUGGUGACCAAUACUACUGUAAAUGUAUUUGGCUUUUUGCAGUUCACAGGGUAUUAAUAUGCUACAGUACUAUGUAAAUUUAAAGAAGUCAUAAACAGCAUUUAUUACCUUGGUAUAUCAUACUGGUCUUGUUGCUGUUCCUUCACAUUUAAGUGGUUUUCCAUUUUUCCUCCCUCCUCCCACAGUUUGGCUACCCAGUGCAUACCUGAACUGUUAGCCCACAGCAGCAAUAUGUUUAUUCUAUCCACAUCCCUAACAUCAUGCAUUCACAAGGUCAAAGUUCUGGUCCACAAACCCUUCCCUAUAGAAGUUCAAUGGUUGCGAAAGAAUUUGUAGUAAACCAGGCCUCCCAGGAUGGCGAGCUCCAGUAAGAUGAUAAUGGAAAGCAGCAGCUUGUUGGUUGUCACUCUACCAAGAGAAGCAAAGUGGGGAGUAGUCAGAAGUUUGGAUAACCUGCCUUCUAAACAUUUUGGGGUUAGACCUGGAACCACGGCUGGAUACUCUCAGGCUGUUUGUUUGAUCACACAGCCACUUACCAGGAAGUACUCACGAGGUUCUUUAGCUGUCAUUUAGGGAUAAUACUGUCUACCUCACAGAAAUGUUAAACUGAGACAAUAAAAACCAAAGCAUAAAAAUGGA